GCAUAGGAUGCAUGAUCUGUUUACUGUUGGCAGCGGUGAGGCCAUGUUGCAGCUCAUCCCUCCCUUCCAGUGCCGAAGCCACUGCCAGUCAGUGGCAAUGCCACUAGAGCCCGGAGAUGUUGAGACCCGGGUGAAAGCAGGGUGGGUUUCCUUGCCAUCUCCCAGAGCCUCUGAGUAGGCUCUUCUGAGGUCCUCAUUUGCUGAGAGUGCAGGCUUCAAGGAUCCCAGCUGAACUCAAGAGUACUUGUUCCAGCUUCCUGCCUCUGGGAGGCCAAGGCCUGAGUCCCCUGGCCCUGCAUGGUCUUUACAGUGCAAACGCUUGGCCACUGGGCCUAUCUCCCUUCCAAUAUCCUCCCCCUCAGAGCUCCUGCUGCAUCAGCUCACUCACCCCUCUGCUUUUCUGCUCUCUCUUGAUUUGAAAAACAGACAUUCUAUUUACUACAUAUUCAGAGCAGAAGGGGUCCCAGCAUCUCACUUCCAAAUGAGUACCUCAAGAACAUGUAGUCACAGAGGGGACAUGGAAGCCAGAUUUUUAUCCAUCGUGAAAAGCCCUAUUCCAGGAUACAGCUGGAGAGGGAAACACUUCAGUCUCUUUUCCUAAAGGCCUGCCUCCCCAUGGGGCUGGAGCUGGCCAAGGACAUGCCAUGUCAGUGGUUGUUGUGUACUGUUACCAAGAACAUACUAAGAGCCACUUUACUAUGUACUUUACAUACAUUUGAUCUCAUUUAAUCCUCCUUCCAGCCCCAUGACAUAGGUACUGUUAUCGUCACUAAUUCUAUUGGGGAAGGUGCCAAAAACACAGGUAGCAAAGGAGCAGAGCUGGGUUUCAGGCUUAGGCUGGCCAAUCCUUUACUGAGUACAUCUUGUCCUCCAUCCUUCCACAAGCCACCUGUAGACUCCUCCGCUAGCCCAGCGCUCUCGGGGUGGGGGCCAUGUCAUUUACUUCCUCUUACCUGUUCUCAGCACCCAGUGGGUAUUGCCUGGGUGCAGCCAGUCUUAUCUCUGCAGAGGUUACUGUGAUUUUUGUCCCCUGGAGGCUCCGUCCACACUCAAGAGGGCCGGGGAACUCACACAGCUCUUGGCCUAAGCUCCCGUUACCAAGAGAAAGGAGGCUUUUGCCAAGGACUCCGAGGGGAGAUAAAUGCUGGGAGUGGACUCAACUCUAGUCAGAAUAAGCACCCAGCCCUCCCUGAGACAUUGUGUGAGCUGGGCCAGGCCUCCAGACACAGCCCCUCCCGCCCGCCCAGCCAGGGUGGUGCUUGUGUGGGAAGGACGUUAAAUCCAGCUGCCAGACCCCUGGUUGGAGAGGCAGAGAGGCCGGCCACCAUGCACAGCUCCUGCUGUCUCCCCGCAUUCCUGCUGCCCCUGCUCCUGCUGGCGGCCCCCACCAGCCCAGCUGCCGCUCUCAGUGAUGAUGAGAAACGUGCAAUGGUCGAGCUGCACAACCUCUACAGAGCCCAGGCAUCCCCGCCCGCUGCCAACAUGCUGCAAAUGAGGUGGGACGAGGAGCUGGCCGCCUUCGCCAAGGCCUAUGCGCAGCAGUGCGUGUGGGGCCACAACAAGGAGCGCGGGCGGCGAGGCGAGAACCUGUUCGCCAUCACGGACGAGGGCAUGGACGUGCCGCUGGCCAUGGAGGAGUGGCACCACGAGCGCGAGCAUUACAACCUCAGCGCCGCCACCUGCCACCGUGGCCAGAUGUGUGGCCACUACACUCAGGUGGUCUGGGCCAAGACCGAGAGGAUUGGCUGUGGCUCCCACUUCUGUGAGAAGCUCCAGGGUGUUGAGGAGACCAAUAUCCAAUUGCUGGUUUGCAACUAUGAGCCCCCAGGGAAUGUGAAGGGGCAGAGGCCCUACCAGGAGGGGACUCCGUGCUCCCAGUGUCCCUCGGACUACCGCUGCCAUGACUCCCUCUGCGAACCCAUCAGAGGCCCGGAAGAGGCCAAGGAUUUGCCUUACCUGGCAACUGACGCCUCCUCAGGUUCUAGGAAAAAGGGUGUUCCUUCUUCCCUAGCAAUGGACACUCCAUCCUUGGUGACAGAAGUCUCAGGCACCCUGGCAACCACGGCGCCACCUGUCACAGAAACCAAGGCCCCGUCUUCCUUAGCAACGGAAGACGCCCCUUCCAGAGCAGCAGAGGCUUCACCUUCCUUAACAAGUGAGGCCCCAGCCUUUUUGGCAACUCUCAGCCUUUUUCCCUUUCAUGAUUGGCCAGCUACCUUCCUCAAACUGACCCAUGAUCCCAUCCCCACAUGGGCAGACAAAGAAGCCAGCAGAACAAGAAUGCCCUCCAGUAGCCCGGAGAGUUCUCUGCACCCCAAGAUACCCUUAACAGAGACACAGGAGCCGCUACUGCACUCCCAGGAGGAGGGAGAAGCUGAGGCUGAGUUGCCUCCUUCCAGUGAGGUCUUGGCCUCAGUUUUUCCAGACCAGGGUGAGCCAGGAGAGCUGCAGGCCACACUGGACCGCAAGGGGCACACCUCCUCCAAGUCCCUUUCCAACUCCCCCAAUACCUCCACCACCGGUAAUGCCAUGGGCGGGCGAACCCUGGCCCUGCAGUCGCCUUUGUCAGGUGCAGAAGGCCCUGAAAAGCCUGGCAGGUCUGGGCUGGACUCGGGCCCUGGUCAUGUCUGGGUCCCUCUCCUAGGCCUGCUGCUGUUGCCUCCCCUGGCAUUGGCCGGAAUCUUCUGAAGCGAUCACCACUCAAGGGUGAAGAGGUCAGCUGUCCUCCUGCCAUCUCUCCCACCCAGUCCCCAGCCCCUAAACAAGACGCUUCUUGGCCGAAGGCCCUAUGGAAGGCAAAGGCUGCAGGGAAGGUGCCUCAUCCACAGCUGCGUUGAGGGCGAGACCUUGCUGGCUGCAAGCUCAGGUUGCUGAGCAAUGUCUGCACACCUGGCCUGGACCCCGCCCAUCUCAGUCCUGAUGGGGGUGUGGGGAUUCUGGGGAGAUCCCUGUGUGCCUACUUGCCUGUGUAGCUGAGGAGGGGAGUUGUGAGGGGCAGAUGGAGGGCAAGUCUCACCGGAGUGGGGUUCCAUAGGGGUAGCAGGCAGGGACCAAGAGAGGGGAGCAGCCCCUGGCUCCUGAAUAAAAGCCAGUGUAAGAGUUCCCAGUCUCUGUGCUUUUGAGGGGUUGGGGGCAAAGAAGGACUGUUUGGGGGCCCCUGAAGUUCAACUUUUCCCCUUCCCGCCAGUGGCAACUGUUCCUUCUCCUUCACAGCCCCUCUGCCCCAAACACUCCAUUCAGUUCUUUGGGGCACCAUUCCUUUCCUCCCUAUGAACUUCGCCUGACUCAAAUCUCCAGAUACCUGGCAGGAAGGGGGAGGGCCAGGAGGAGGUCAAGGGUGCUGGGUAGCCUCUCCCAGAUCCAGGAGUCACAGGUGGAGCCUACGUUCAGGACCCAGGGGCAAGGAGUGGUGUACAACCACUGCACAGUGCUGCCCAGGCCCACCGGGAUGCAAGGUCGGCCUGCAGUGUACCCCGGCAUGGCAGUGUACCUCGGCACUCGGAGGAGUCCUGAGGGGCAGGAAAGCACAAGGGUGUGUGUGUAGGGCUAGCAACAGCAGGUGACUGAGGGCAGCUUGAGACCAGGCUGGGGCUGCUGGGAGGGGCAGGCAGGAGGCCAGUGUGUGAGCGGUUAAACAGGAGGCACCCAAGUAAGGCCAGGGCUCUCACCCAUAAUACAUAUAGCUUAAUUAAGGUAUCACUCAUACAUAAAAUUCACCCAUUUAAAGUGUAUCAAUGACCUUUAGUAUAUUACAAGGUUGUGCAACCAUCAUCAGUCAAUUUUACAUUUUCAUUACCUGAAGAAACCCGUACCCAUUAGCAGUCGCUCCCAUUUUCCCUCCAUCCCAUCUCUCCAGCCCUAAGUAGGCAUUUAUCUGUUAUUUCUAUGGGUUUGUCUAUUCUGACAUUCCGUAUUAAUGGAAUCAUACAAUAUGUGGCCUUUUGGGUCUAGCUUCUUUCAUGUAGCAUAUUUUCAAUGUUUCUCCAUGUUGCAGUAUGGAGCAGUACUUCACCCCUUUUUAUUACCGAGUAAUACUUCUUUGUACAGAAUACGUUUAUUCAUUCAUCAGUUGGUGGACAUUUGGGUUGUUCCCACUUUUUGACUAUUAUGAAUACUGCUGCUAUAAACAUUCACGUAAAAGUUUUUGUGUGGACAUAAUAUUUUCCUUUCUCUUGGAUAUAAACCUAGGAGUGGUAUUAUAUGGUGACUGUUUCAAACUUUGGGAAUUUGCCACGCUAUUUUCAAAGUGACUGCACCAUUAUUUUCACACCAAUGAACAAAGCUUCUGAUUUCUCCACUUCUUGCUGACACCAUCUUGUUGAUUAUAGCCAUUUUAGUGUGAAAUAGUAUCUCAUUGUGAUUUUGACCUUCAUUUCCCUGAUGGCUAAUUAUGUUGAAUGUCUCCUAUGUGCUUAUUGGCCAUUUGGAUAUCUUCUUUGGACAAAGGUCUAUUCAAAUCUUCUGCCCAUUUUUAAAUUGGGGUAUUUGUCUUUCUCCUAUUGAAUUGUAGAACUGUUUAUAUAUUCUAGAUACCAGUCCUUCAUCAGAUAAAUGCCUUGCAAACAUUUUCUCUCAUUCUGUGAGUUGUCUUCAAUUUUCCUUGAUAUCUUUUGAACAUAAAAGUUUUAAUUCUGAUGUCCAAUAUAUGUUUUUUGUUGCGUGUGCUUUGGGUGUUAGAAGAAACCAUUGCCUAAACCAAGGUCAUGAAAAUUUAUUCCUGUUUUCUUCUAAGGGUUUUAUAGUUUUAGUUCUUACACUUAAGUCUUUGAUACAUUUUGUUAAUUUUUGGUUGUGUGGUAUGAGGUAGGAGUCCAACUUUAUUCUUCUGCAUGUGAAUAUCCAGUUGUCCCAGCACCUUUUGUUGAAGGUGAUUCUUCCUCCAUUUAAUUGUUACCUUUAUCAAAAAUCAACUGACAUAAAUGUGAAUGUUUAUUUCUGGGCUUUCAAUCCUGUUCCAUUGAUCUAUGUCUAUCUUUAUGCCAGUAAGUACCACACCACCUUCAUUACUGUAGGUUCGUAGUAAAUUUUGCAAUUGGGAUUUGCAAGUCUUCCAACUUUUUCUUUUUCAAGACUUGUUUAUUCUGGGUCCCUUGGAUUCCCAUCUAAAUUUAAGGAUCAGCCUGUCAAAUUUUUGCAGUCAGCUCAGAUUUUGAAAGGGAUUGUAUAAUCCACCAUUGUAACAAUGUUAAAUCGUCUAAUCCAUGAACAUAGGAUGUCUUUCCAUUUAUUUAAGUCUACCUUUUUGCAACAGUGUUUUAGUUUUCAAAGUGUAAGUUUUGCAGUUCUUUUGUUAAAUUUGUCCAUAAAUACUUUAUCAUUUUUGAUGCUACUAUAGAUGAAACUUUUAUUAAUUUCAUUUUCAUUUUGUUCACCUGUUCAAGUAUACAGAAAUACAAUUU